AUGGUGGCAACUGCAGUUACAGGCAUUGCUACUCCAUUGAAAUUCCCAUUAUUUUCAGGGUUUCAGAGGUCGAGUCGGAGCUUGCAGCUGAGAAUGAGUCAGAAAGCUGGUCAUGGUGUAAUAACUGGCAAACUCGAACUAAGACCUCCACCAUACCCACUGGAUGCUUUGGAGCCUCAUAUGAGCCGUUCAACAUUUGAAUACCAUUGGGGAAAGCAUCACAGGGCUUAUGUAGACAACCUCAACAAGCAAAUAGCCGGAACAGAACUAACCGGAAAGACAUUAGAAGAUGUAAUCGUUGCUACAUAUAACAGCGGAAAUCUCCUUCCACCCUUUAACAAUGCUGCUCAGGUCUGGAAUCACGAUUUCUUCUGGGAGUCGAUGAAACCAGGUGGUGGAGGAAAACCAUCUGGAGAACUUUUAGAUUUAAUCAACAGGGACUUUGGUUCUUUUGAAGAAUUUGCCAAAGAGUUCAAGACAGCUGCAGCAACACAAUUUGGUUCUGGUUGGGCGUGGCUCGUGUACAAGGACGAGGACAAAAAGCUUGCUGUGGUGCAGAGUCCUAAUGCUGUGAAUCCUCUUGUCUGGGAUUACGUUCCGCUACUUACAGUAGACGUUUGGGAGCACGCUUACUACCUCGACUAUCAGAACCGGAGGCCGGAUUAUUUAUCUAUCUUCAUGGAGAAUCUUGUUUCUUGGGACGCAGUCACUUCGAGGCUUGAAUCUGUCAAGGCUGGUUCCGCGUAG